GACGACCACGGCAUGGGCCAGGACGGCGACGCGGGCAAGCAGGCCGGCGCCGCGUGCGCUACGACGGCGGUGGUCGCGGUUGCGCCGCCGCGCCCGCCGGCACGCCAUACGUGCCCGUCUACGUCAUGCUGCCGCUUGGUGUGGUGAAUGUGAGCGGAGAGGUGGCGGAUGCGGAUGAACUCGUGGGGCAGCUGCGGGUGCUCAAGGCGGCUGGGGUCGACGGGGUCAUGGUUGACUGCUGGUGGGGCAAUGUCGAGGCACAAAGGCCGCAGGAGUACAACUGGACCGGCUACAAGCGCCUCUUCCAGAUGAUCAGGGAGCUUAAGCUCAAGCUGCAGGUGGUCAUGUCAUUCCAUGAAUGUGGAGGCAAUGUUGGAGAUGACGUGUCUAUUCCGCUCCCAGAGUGGGUAAUCGAGAUUGGAAGGAGCAAUCUGGAUAUCUACUUUACUGACAGAGAAGGUAGGCGUAAUACAGAAUGCCUCAUUGAUAAAGAAAGGGUUCUGCAGGGCCGAACAGCAGUGGAGGUGUACUUUGACUUCAUGAGAAGCUUUCGAGUAGCGUUUGAUGAGUAUUUUGAGGACGGGAUCAUUUCAGAAAUUGAGGUUGGGCUAGGGGCUUGUGGAGAGUUACGAUAUCCCUCUUAUGCAGCAAAUCAUGGCUGGAAAUACCCUGGCAUUGGCGAAUUUCAGUGCUAUGACAGGUACUUACAAAAAAAUCAGAAGGCUGCAGAAGCACGAGGACACACCAUAUGGGCAAGAUCGCCAGACAACGCAGGCCAUUAUAAUUCUGAACCAAACAACACUGUUUUCUGUGAUGGAGGAGAUUAUGAUAGCUAUUAUGGCCGUUUUUUCCUCAACUGGUACUCCCAGGUGUUGCUGGAUCAUGCAGAUCGCGUACUAAUGCUCGCCAGGUUGGCCUUUGAAGGUUCAGCUAUUGCUGUUAAGGUGUCAGGCAUACACUGGUGGUACAAAACUGCUAGUCAUGCCGCUGAACUGACUGCUGGGUUUUAUAACCCAUGUAAUGGCUACGCUCCAAUUGUCACGGUGUUGAAAAAACAUGGUGCGGCUUUGAACUUUACAUGUGUGGAAUUGCGCACUAUGGCUCGGCAUGAGGUUUUCCCUGAGGCCUUAGCAGAUCCAGAGGGCCUGGUAUGGCAGGUGCUAAAUGCUGCGUGGGAUGCUGGGAUACCGGUGGCGAGUGAGAAUGCUCUGCCUUGCUACGACAGAGAUGGCUUCAACAAAACUCUGGAGAAUGCCAAGCCACGGAAUGAUCCAGAUGGACGUCAUCUAUUUGGAUUCACCUACCUGAGGCUUUGCAGUGUCCUCUUUGAGAAACCCAACUUUAUGGAGUUCGAGCGCUUCGUUAAGAGGAUGCAUGGCGAGGCAGUUCUCGACCUGCAGGCGUAGAUUGUUAGUGUUACAUACAUAUAUAUACAAGUCAUUCUAGUUGGCUCAGGCCUUAUGGCUCUUCGGGAACCAUCAUAUGCCAUUUUGUCUUAAAUAGGCAGUAUUAUUGGCUGAUAUUCGAGCUAUUGAAUCCAACAACGUCGCUCCAUGAUGUAAAUCAUAAUUUUGCAUAUAGUAGCUGCCAAGCAGAAGGAUCAGUGGGUUUAUUUGGCCAAACGGUCACCCCACACCAGCAUUGGGUCGUUCGUAGCCCUCUGUAAAAAGAUUGAGGCGGUGCCAAUGCUCAGACUUGCUGAUGCUGUAUUGCUGUUCUCUCACCUGAUGCGCAUGAGCAGCAUACGUUCUUUAUUUUAUUUUUUUACUGAUGAGCAUAAGCGGCAUCGUUAGGCUCUCCC